CGAGAGGUACUGUCUAAAGUCGAAAUUUUAAAUAGGCUUUUGAAAAUGUAUUAUACUCGUGGUUUAGUACAAAAAAGUCAGAUGAAUCUGUGAUUUCGUUGAGGACCAAAUGAGACCUGUUGAGUUAUAAUUCUCUGAAUCUAUAUUUAGCAUCUGUUCCUGUGUCUUAGUCCAAAUGCACUGUAUAAAGUCGAAAUCAAAAUAGGCUUUGAAAAUAUGUAAUAUCAUGCUCGCGUUUCAUCACAAAGACGUCAAAUAAAUAUGUGAUUUCGUUUGGAGUAAAACAAAAACUGUGGAGUUUUAAUCCUCUGAAUCUUCAUAAGUGUAUGAGAUUAAAUGAUUAAUAUACGUCAAUCUUGCAGAAAUCCGCGAGGGUAUAAAUAAAGAAUUAAGUGGCUUCUGUAACUUAACCUCUUGACGUCUUGCAGUGACAUAACGAAAAUGAGAGCUAUGCUGAUAUAUCUAAUAUUCUGUUGUUUCAAAGGUUUUGCAGUAGGACAGCUGUCCGGUUUAACUGGUUCCCUGUCCACAGUGAACACAUUAUACACAUCAGCCCGAGAAGAGUCCUUGAGGUCUGAUCUCUUUGGGUCCUACCAGAAAAAUUCCAGACCAGCUCCCAUCAGUGACAUACGAUGCAACAUCAAGCUUCUUUCUAUCAAAGAUCUAAACAUUCGGGAGCAGACAAUGUCUUCUGUGGCUUACUUUACUUUUAUCUGGAACGACACAAGGCUCAACUGGAGUAGCAGUGCCUCCUACUCCGACAUUGAAGCCAUAUACAGCACAGAAAGCGUCCUCUUUAUUCCUCCUAUAGUGGUCGAAAAUUCAGUCAGUAAUUUAGGAUUGAUAAGCGAUAAAACCUUGCCUAUCAAAAUUGCUCAAAAUGGAGAAAUCACGUGGUCCCCGGGAAAUAUCUACGACACGUCAUGUGACAUCGACGCCACGUUUUACCCGUUUGACGUACAGACCUGUAGCAUCAUUCUAACGACACGCGGCUACACGUCCAACCAACUUUCUCUGUCGCUUAAUGACGUUCCAAUCAUUCUUACGUCAUAUCAAGAAAAUGGGGAGUGGUCGUACAUUCGGAGUAAUGCGAGUACAAGUAUAGUUUUACAUGGAUCCGAAGUCUAUUCUCAAGUGGACUUUAGUUUCACUUUUGAACGUCGCACGCCGUUCCAUUUGCUGAGUACGAUCCUCCCCCUGUUUUUCCUGGUGUCCAUGACCUGUUUUGUUUUCAAAAUCCCGGUGGAUGCUGGGGAGAAACUGGGUUAUUGUCUCACUGUGCUGCUAGCGUUCGCCGUGUACUUAACACUGGUAUCGGACAACAUCCCAACAACAUCUACAAGCACAUCGUAUCUUUCGGUAUUCUUGAACUUGAUGCUUGCAAUUGGUGUCUCCGCGGUGUUCUUAACCAUACUUGUAAUACACACCCAUUUCAAAUCUGAAGACGAGGAAAUUUCAAAUUUCACGGAAAGCAUUUCGAUAUUUGUUGCAAAAAUGGUGUGUUGGAGACACUACACCUGUUGUCGCAGCACCGAUAACUCUAGUGUCGGUGUGGUUUCUUUACAGGAGAAGGGAGGAAACUUUAAGGACAUACAUGUAGACCCAAUCAGAAAAAGGCUGAAAUGGCAGGAUGUUGCCAAAAUUCUCGAUGCUUUAUUUUUUCGAGUGUACCUAUGGUUGAUCAUUAUCAUGAUAAUAAUCUAUGCAGUUAUUAUGGCAACGUGCGAUACAAACUAAUAGUUGUUAGUAGCAAUGCACAGGGCUUGUCUUAGCUCACCUGUGACGUGGAUCUGUCAAGUAAAGUGCCAGAAAGAGACAUUAAAUUCAUCAAGGCUGAGUAAAGAAAAAAAAUUGGGAAAAUGUUGCCGUAUGCACACUGGCAAAGGAUAUCUGACAAUUAGAAAAGCUUUGCUUUAUAUGUAUGCCGUACAAGAAACAUAUCAUUAUAAUGCACGUAUUUCUUGUCGUACUUCUGUUGUUAGUUGGUGGAAUAUGCGUAUGUAGAAAUAAAGCAAUUCUUGUUA